UCUUCAAUAAGGCCAGCGUAGGCCCUAUCCAGUGACAACACCGCAAAAAAAAAAAAAAGAAAAAAAAACAAUAAGUAGCAGUCUUGCCACUAGACUCUUGUCUCAUAAUUAUUUGAGUUGUAGGUUUCCCACACUUAAAACGAACACGACCGUAAAUAAUGUUUUACAGUUUAUGAAUUUAGCGAAGAAAUAUUUAGGUGAUAUGGAAGAUCCAAGGGAAAAUUUGAACAACUAUAAAUUACAAUUACAACAGGUGGAAGCAGCUCUUACAACAGAUCCGACCAAUGAUGAACUGCUGAAGCUUAAAUCAGAUCUUGAAGAAGUGAUAUUAUUAACUAUUGACUUGUUAAAAGCACAGCUUUUGGAACAGAAACCAGAUGCUGAUGUUGAAGGUGAAGAAGAAAUUAAUGAGACAGCAUUAGAAGAGUUAACGAAACAGGUUUAUAUAAAGAAAGAUUGGAAAGUAGGUGAUAAAUGUCUGGCGCAAUGGAGUGAAGAUGGCCAAUGGUAUGAAGCAAUCAUUGAAGACAUCACUGAAGAUGGUGAGGAAGUGUCUGUUGUGUUUGAUAACUACCAAACUCCAGAUGUGACAACAUUAUCAUUGUUGCGUGAAAUCAAAGGGCCAGUAAAAAAAUUUCCAGGGACAAGUGCAAGUAGCAAAGCAAGAAAACAAACGAGUUCUAAACAGCGAGAAUAUCAGAAGAAAAGAAAACAGAAGAAACUCCAGAGGUACAAGCAGAUGGAAGAAGAAAGAGAAGGAGAAAAAAACAAAUGGCUUGCGUUCAAAUUAACAAACAAGGUGGCGAGAAAAGCAAUGACAAAGAAGAGUAUAUUUGCAUCUCCAGAUAACGUGAAUGGUCGUGUGGGUAUUGGAACAUGUGGUAUGAGUGGGAGACCAAUGACUGAAUUUACAACUGCAGAGAAGUGGAGGAAGGGCAUGUGAAGUGAACAAAGUACAAGAACCUGACAGUUUGCAUAUAAAAAAUGUGCUUGUAUAUUAUUUUGAUGAACUUAUGUUAUUUGAUUGUGUACAGUUUCCAAUUUUAAUCAUACAUUAUAUGAGGUAAUCGGGUGUUUUAGCUCGUCUAUGUCAAAAUGUUGGUUAAGUAAUACAAGUAGAAUAAUUUGAAAUGAUAUUUAAUGUUUGAAGCUUAAUAAUUUAAUGGUAAACUAUGUCGUGUACUUCACAAAAAACUUUUCAGUCAAUUCAUUGUGAAACUUGCAAAUGUCAGGUAUUAUAUUAAAUUAACAAUGAGAGUUUAGAAUUACAGUUAAAAUAAGUUUGGGCCACAGAAAUUAAAACAAGGUGUUAUACAAAAAAUGUAUAGUGAAAAUUUAGGAAAUUUGGAUGUUUUUUAAUGAUUUAAUAAUAAUUUUUUGUAUUAUUUUAUUUUCAUUACCAUGGUUAAAACUGCACACAUUUUCACCCCAGAUAGAACCAGUGGACCUAACAACUUUAGUUUAAAUUUAAAUACUUGAAUAAUUUUUUUAAAUUACAUUUUAAAAAUUGUUCAUUAUUGUUUUGUUAGAAGUAAGUUAGACAAGACUCAUCUGUAGAUGUAGUGAUUGUGAAAUUUAAAUGUUUUUUUUGUUAGUGCCUGAUUGAAAAGUCUUGUUGAAGUGUGUAUAAUUAAUUGUAAUUAGUAUACUGUUUGUGUUGGUUUCUAUUUAAAUUGCCAUUAUAUUUAUUGUGUGUGACUGUGACAUAGUUUAUGAAAAGUGUAAAAAUAUUUUUUUAAUCUGUCAAUUCACUUCAAUAAUUAAAAACUGUGCAUGCUGAGACCUGUGACAGGCAGAACAGCCUUACAGUCGCCGAACAAGGCCAUUCUUGCUGCAACCAUUGGCACAGAGAGCCUCUAGGAUCAAGUCUAUACUGACCAAAGCUACCAUGGUACGGCUUUGCUGGCCGGCACAUGGGCACACUAUCACAUGACAAAACACUAUUUUGCGCUGAAAAGCAAUGAAAAACAGCUGGGCAAACUUUAUUUAUAGUUAGGCCUACUUUAUUUAAACAAAACUAGUUGGGCCUACAACGUGACUAGUACCGUUAACCCUCGAUUAUUCAGGGUACCUAUAUGUUAAUUUGAUUCUCAGAAAAUUCCAACAAAAAUUAAAAGUAUAAGCAAAAAAAUUGCCCAUUGAACAUAUUUAUAAAUGAUUUAAUGUAUGGAUUGCAUUGUUGUAAACUGUUAUUUAUAUGCCCCAGUAAGUUUAAUAAAACUAAUUUAAAAAUUAAAUCAAAACCUGUAGGCACUGUGAUUUAUAAUGACUGGUUAUGGCACUUGUGCUGCCAUCCGCCUUAAGGCAGGACCAACCAUGACAUCAUGGCACAAUGUGCUUAUUUAUUCUAUACUUAAUUUCUUUCCCUUGCUUGUAGAGAUUACCUGUCUGGUGCAGUCUCAUUGGCAUUUAAUAUCUCUCCAUUCCCACACUGAAGGUACAUGAGUUGCGAAUAACCACAUGAGGCAUGUUCUAAAUACACAUAAGGUUGUUUGGACACAGCUCAAUGUUUUCUAUACUUUAGAACUGAGAAGGUUUAAUUCGAUCUCUUAAGGUAUGAUUUUAUUCUCACAAUGUAUAUUUUCUGUAACAAAUUAAUAUAUCUAUAAAAUAUUCUUCUACUCGAUUGAAAGAAGCCACAGAAAAUGAACUUUGCUAUAACAUAGGUCUUACUGAGUGACAAUAAAUAUAGUUUAAAAAACUAAAGAAACAUGCUUUUAAAGAUUAUAAACUAAAAAGUAAAAAAUAAUUUUAAAAUUUAAUUUAUGACAAUAGUAUAUAAGCAAUACUAGUAUAAAUGAGAAAAAAGCUUGAGGCGCUUUGUGCCAUAUUUUUUGUAUAUCAAGCGCCCCAUGCUUUUUUAUCAUUUAUACUAGUAUUGCUUAUAUACUAUUGUCAUAAAUUAAAUUUUAAAAUUAUUUUUUACUUUUUAGUUUGAUAAUCUUUAUAAGCAUGUUUCUUUAGUUUUUUAAACUAUAUUUAUUUUUAACUUUUUAGUUUGAUAUUCUUUAAAAGCAUUAUUUUUUAGUUUUUUAAACUAUAUUUAUGUAUAAUUAUCAUAGGGAAAUGAGUUACCAACUCUACCUAUUACCAUCUGAGAUAACUAUUUGGAGUUGCAACGUCACAAAGAAAUGGUAAAGUCUCUCCGAAUCAUUUACAGUUAGAUGUAUGGAUAUAAUCUUAGAAUUUACCGGGGGAAAAAAAAAACUUUUUUUUUUUGGCGUGGCCGGGAGUAGAACCCACAAUCGCUGAAUCCGAAAGCUGACGUCACAGAAGUCGCGCGCCUUAGACCGCUCGGGUAACGAACGUAAUGAAAUUGGUGGGACAUUUUACAGUGAUGAGCCACUCACUCUUAGUCGAAAGAGUUACAGACGGACAGACAAACAUACAGGUGAAGCUAAUAUAAAGCAUGUAAAAACAAGAUGUUUUUGUGGUAGCAAGGUGUUAAAUAUAAAUAUUCCAGUCUGCAAAAAAAUUUUGUUAGUAUUUUGUUAUUAAUAUAAAACUUAUUUAUUAUUUAAGUGACACCACUUUACUUACAGGAAUCAUAUUUUAAAAAAUGCAUUCAUAUUGGAAUAAAUGUCAAGGAGAAAAUGUAAGUUUAAUUCUAGUCAUUAACUUCAUGAUUUUUUUAAGAUGUUCUCUUUUUUAUGUUGACGAUCUGGUAAUCCUUUGCUCUGUUCAGAAGACAUCCUGUAUUUAAAUAAAUUAAUGUUUCUUUAAAAAAUGGUCCAAUAUUUACAACAGUGUGAGUUUAAAGGUUUUAAUAAGCCUGGGUACCACAUGUAUAUUAACUGAGCAUAUUAUCUUCCAUUUUGGAUUAUCCAUGGCAUCGCUACCCUUUAUUAGCAUGGAUAAUAAAGAGUCUUUCGUAUCUUGAUUCAUUUAUAACAGGGUCCUACUUUUGGUGUCUUUCCAUUAGAUAUGAUUUGCACCUUAAGGAAACAUUUAUACAUUUUCAUGAACUGUGUUGCAAUCUCAUGUAAUAAAUAUUGUAGUGUGUAUACAAGAACCCACACUACAGAAUAUUUACAGUAAAUUAUGCACACUUUGAGAUAUUUUGGAACAAGUACUUAAAAGUACCAUAUUUAGCCAAAAACUACAUCCACGCAUGAAACUUUUUCAAAAUAUUAUGAAAGUUUGCUACCCAUUAUUUCAAAUUUUUGUUAGUAAAUUUUCAUCUAUAAGCAGCUUCGUAUUCAUAUUUCACAAGCUAUGUUUAGGCUGAAAAUGAAUGCCCUUUUAUUGAUAGUACAAGAACCCACAUUCAUAAUUUUUGAAUUAUAGCAAUAUGGCCAAAACCGUAUAAAUUCGAUAGAUUCAGAUACCCUAAACCAGAAAAAUACUAAUUUCAGAAAUUUUGUGAGUCGCAUCUGACCUGGCCGCAUUUUCAUAAAUGUCAACAAAUUUUACGAAACUGUAUCAUAGCUAUAGGUCUGAUUUUUGGAAUGUGGGUGAAUAAUAGAUCUAAGAUACCGAAAACAUGUUUUUCAGAUGCCUGUAGCUUAGCAUGAACCCAGGGAACCAUUUGAAAAAAUAGAGAGAGACAUAUUAUCAUAGUAAACCACCUGAAAAUCUCUUCUACUAUUAAUAGUAUAUUUGGGUCAAUUAAUGCGAAAAAAUCACUUUUCAGAAGAAAAUCUGAGCACCUUCCAUUUUGAGGCAGUUUUGAAAAUGUUUAAAAAAAUUAGUUUGGUAAAAAACAUUACGUCCGAAAACAGUUGAGCGUGAUAACUUAAGUUGCCCAGAUGUAAAAAUAAUUGAUAUCGGACAAGUUUUGUGCAGCACCCUACCAAUCGGACCACUUUUCAAUGCUCAAAAAUCAUUAAAAAAGUUAAUUGAGGCGUAUGAAAUUCUUUGUUUUAAGCCAAUGACAUACCUGCAAACUUUUCCUUAUAGUUUUCCCGCAAUUUGUUUGGAAAUUAAUCUUGCAUUGCGGUUGUAUGCAGAUUCUAAAUAUCGUACGCUUUUCUAGCUUAGAAUUUCUUUCGCCUUUUUUUCGUGGUAGUGGAAAUGUUUUUUUUAAUUGUCUAAAAUUCAUUUUCAUUACAAUAUGGCAGCUCAUCUUGAUGUAUUUUGUCACAUAAACAAAAGAAAAGGUAAAAAGUAUUGAACAGGAUUAAAUUGAACUGAAACAACCGAAAAAGAAAUUUAUUCACAUGACGUCUAGUUCCAUGGCGGAAUUGGCGGAGUGUGUUGUGGGGUUGUAUUGUUCUGUACAUGUUCAGAAGUUUAAUGCUUGUGUAUAAAGAUAUUUUGUGACUUUGUUUGUGCCGUUAAAUUGUUGCCCAAAAAAAAUCUGUUUUGGCAAGUGUUUAGGUUGGCGUAUUUGUAACUGUUU